CUUUAAUAAAAUAAAUACGGGCUCGUAGUUCUUUCUUGUCGGACACGAAGAAUAGUUGAAAUAUGUUCAAAUCGCGGAAUGGAGAAGGCUUGAAAGAGGAGGAAGAAAAAUUUUCUCUGUCGGCUAACCUUAACACUCAGAAGCGUCUCGCUGCCUCCGUCCUCAAGUGCGGUCAGCGCAAGGUCUGGCUCGACCCUAACGAGACCACCGAGAUCGCCCAGGCUAACUCUCGCCAGAACAUCCGCAAGCUUAAGCCCCAGGCUGCUGCCUCCCGCUUCCGCGCUCGCGAGCACGCCGCCGCCAAGCGCCUCGGUCGCCACUCCGGCUUUGGUAAGCGCCACGGUACCGCCGAGGCCCGCAUGCCGACCUCCGUCCUGUGGAUGCGCCGCAUGCGCGUCCUGCGUAGCCUCCUGCGCAAGUACCGCGAGCAGGGCAAGAUCGACCGCCAUAUGUACCACACCCUGUACAUGAAGUCCAAGGGUAACGGUUUCAAGAACAAGCGUGUGCUCAUGGAGUACAUCCACAAGGCCAAGGCUGAGAACACCCGUACUCAGAUCCUCAAGGACCAGGCUGAGGCCCACCGUCUGCGCAACAAGGCUGCUCGCGAGCGUCGUGCUCAGCGUGUCGCUGCCAAGCGCGAUGCUCUUAUCUCGGGCGAGUAAAUUUUAUCAUUUUUUGUGGAAUAUACACGCUAGAGGUGGGGAGACUCUAUGGGAAAGCAAGCGGUUAAAAAAAGGACAAGAUCUUGUACUUUUUCUUUGGUUGAUAGCUUUAAAUUUAAAUGUAAACGGGUCCUGUUUCUGUUUUAUCCGUUUAAUGUGGUUAGUGUAUCAGGAAUGAAGGAAGGUUACUUGUAUUUUGUAUGUAUCUUUUUCUUGCUUUAUUUCUUUCGUGUUGCUGUUUUACAACUUUUAUUGGAAACAUAAACCCCCCCAGCAUUGGAUUUUAUAUUUAUUAAAACAGCAAGCAAGAAAGGAAAUACUUUAUAUUUCUACAUUUGACUAUAUC